GAUUGAGCCGGAGAAGUGGGCUCGUUCGAUGUGUCCUAUGCCUGUGCGACGCUACAGUUUUAUGACAUCAAAUGCUGCUGAAGCUUUUAAUUCCAGAUUGUUGUGGGCAAGAAGACUUCCUAUAUGCUCGAUGUUAGAGGCAAUCAGAAUUGUUAUUGAGAAAUGGUUCAGCGAGCGACUAAGGGCUGCACAACAAAUCGAGCAAGGCUUGACUGUUGAGGCUGGUAAAAGGGUAGCUAUUGAAGUCCAAAAAAGUCGUCGAUACACUGCACAAAGGUUGAGUGGCAUGAAGUAUAAGGUGCAAACUGCUGACAGAAGCUUCAAGGUGGAUCUAGAGAAGAAAAAAUGCGAAUGUCGAGUAUUUCAGCUAGACCAACUGCCCUGUUCUCAUUCAAUCGCUGCAAUAAGUGAAGCCGGUGAUACGAUCGCGGAGUAUGUAGACUCGUACUACACGAAUGACUUUCUUAUCGAUACUUACUCUCGCGAAGUUAAUAAUCUCCCGCCGAGACGCCAGUGGUUGGUUCCCGAGCACAUCGCUGAGCAGGUUGUAUUACCUCUGAUUGUAAAAGGUCAAGCGGGGCGCCCAAAAGAAGGUAGACAUCGAGGUGGUGGUGAAGGCACCAGCACACAAGCCGAUGAGUCUUCUAGUAUCAGGCGUCGUAAACCAAAGAAGUGCAGCAUCUGCCAUGAAGAAGGACACAGCAAGAGAACGUGCGCUGGCAGGGCGACUGAGCCCAGGGAGUAGUGGGAUGUAUUUGUGUGCUGUAACAGUUAAUGAUAUUGAUUGAAUUAUCUUAUUAUUCGAUAA